AUGAUACAUGUGGUCCACGCCUCCUCUUCCCCUGCAGGAUCCUCUAGCUCAGAAGACAAAUAUCAGUCGUGGAGAACUGACAGGAUGGCCCCCAGGGAUUUGGCAAUAGGAAUGAUCUUCUUAUUACAGACUACCUUCGGAAUCCUAGGGAAUUUCUCUCUUCUUUACCAUUAUCUCUUCCUUUAUUUCACCGGGUGUAGGCUAAGGUCCACAGACUUGAUUAUCAAGAGCCUGAUUGUAGCCAACUUAUUGGUCCUGUUCUCUAGUGGAAUCCACUAUACAAUGUCAUCUUUUGGGUGGUAUAAUGUCCGUAACGAUUUUGCAUGCAGAUUUUUCCCCUAUGUUCGUGCAGUGGGCAGGGGUGUGUCCAUUGGUAACACCUGUCUCUUGAGUGUAGUCCAGGCCAUGAUGAUAAGCCCCAGGAACUCCAGGUGGGCAGAGCUUAAAGUGAAAGCUCUCAAGUGCAUUGUCCCUUCAAUUUUCCUGUGCUGGAUCCUGCAAAUGCUGGUGAAUGUCAUUUAUCCUAUGUAUAUGAGUAGCAAUGGGAGCCACAAAAACAUCACAAACAGAAAAAGUUUUGGACGCUGUUCUGCCAUUCGUCAUGACAAAACCAGAGACUCAUUAAAUGCAGUGUUGCUGUCAUUGCCUGAUGUUUUCUGUUUGGGGCUCAUGCUCUUGGCCAGUGGCCGCAUAGUUUUCAUCCUGUACAGGCACAGGCAGAGGCUCCAACAUAUUCUUAGUACCAACGUCUCCCCCAGAUCCUCCCCUGAGUCCAGGGCUACCAAAACCAUCCUUCUCCUGGUGAGCACCUUUGUCUUUUUUAACACCCUUUCCUCCAUUCUUCAGGCAGUUGUGGCUCUUUUUAAUAAACCCACCUGGUUACUCUUGAAUGUCAAUUCAGUAAUCGUUCUGUCUUUCCCAAGUCUCAGUCCCUUUAUGAUCAUGGGCCAUGACUCUAGUGCAUCCGGGCUGUGCUUUGCCUGGAUAAGAAAUACAAAAUCCUCUAAUCUCAUGAGAAAGAUGUUAACUGUAUCUAGUUGUACAGUGUUCAUUCGGUAA